UAUAUGUUCUUUGGGGUGUAAUGUAAGAUACUCUGUUUCGUGAAUUAAUUUGUUCUUGUAGUGGAGAUCUAGCAUUAGUUGGGUUGGGAGUUUGUAAUCUCGAUCGAUCGAUUGACAUGGAGGAGUCGAGCUUCAUGCAGUGGGCGGCAAACACGCUGGACCAGCACACCUUCCCCCCUGCCGCCUCUCUGGUAUACGCUACUGGCAGCUUCCACUGCGGCGACCAUACUGCCGUCCCCUGCCCCUCGCAGCAGGCACUGUGCACAGCCCCCCAGCCUCUGCCGACAGCGGCCGAUGACAACCCGGACUUGGUGGUGCAGAUCGAUAACCAGUACCGGGAUAGCAGCUCCGGCGAUGCAGUGGUCCACGCCACCGUCGCCAGGGGUAGGAAGCCAAUGAGCUGGAAGUCCAGUGCUGCGUCGACGCAGUCGGCCGCGAGAGGAGGACAUAAGCGUGCUGCCGGGAGGAGAUCUGGGAGCAACUUGCAGGGCUCCGCAGCAUCGGCGUCGUCAAUGUCCCCUGAUCCCGCCAAGGACCACACAAUCGCAGAGCGCCGCCGGAGGCAGAAGAUCAACCAGCGGCUCAUGGAGCUCUCCACUCUUAUCCCUGGCCUAAAGAAGAUGAACAAGGCAACGAUUAUUGGGGAUGCGGUGAAGCACGUGAGAGAGCUCCAAGAGAAGGUGAAUAUCCUGGAGAAUAACAACAGGCAUGCUGCCACCACCACCGUCUGCUCCACUGUGCUCAUCCACAAGAACAGACCCUGCCUAGGCGACCUCACCAGCAACUACGGCGACGAUUAUGUCGGUCAGCCGAGCCAGUUGGGCACAUGGCUUCCAGAGAUCAAGGUCCGGUUUUCUGAUAAGAGUGUGCUAGUGCAGAUCCACUGUGAGAACACAAAUGGACUACUAGUGAGGGUACUGGCAGAGGUGGAGGUACUCCGACUUGCCAUCACCCACACCAGCAGCAUGCCAUGCCUAGCUGACACCACCAUCAUCAACAUUACCGCCAAGUUGGAAGAGGGGUUCAACUCAACAAUGGAGGAGAUGGUCAGAAGGCUCAAAUCGGUGCUGGAUCAACAUUAGGGUAUCCACAACUUGUGCACCAUGGUCAAAUGGGUAUUUCAUGUUUUCACAUUGAUGCUCACCAUCAUGGGACCAUCUCCAAAUAGAACAAAGUGGUAACCGAAGUAGCUAGGUGCUCCAAUGCAUCUUUGC